AUGACUUUGACUACCGAAGACACGAGAAUCCCGACCGAGAACCAUGCCUGCGUCAUGCUGGGUAUCGACAAGCUUGGUUUGGAGGGCCGACCUAUGCCGCCUCCGCCGGGAGAAUACGAGGUCAUAGUUGCACCAAAGAAAACAGGCAUUUGUGGCUCGGACAUGCACCUGUUUCUUGAAGGUCGCGCGGGAGAGUCUAUGUUUUGUGACCCGUUGAUUCUUGGUCAUGAAGCGGCUGGCGUUGUUGCCCAAGUGGGAUCGAAAGUCACGUCUCUGCAGCUCGGCGAUCGAGUAGCACUUGAACCCGGAUUCUGCUGCAGGAGAUGCGAGUUCUGCAAAGGCGGCGAAUAUGGGCAAUGUGGUGAUUUCAAGUUUGCCGCGGCCGACGGUUUCGACGGAACUUUGCAAGGAUUUUUCACGAUCCCCGCCGAUUUCUGCUAUCGCCUUCCCGAGUCCAUGUCAUUUGAGGAGGGAGCCCUGAUCGAACCACUCGCAGUUGCCGUUAUGGCAGUCAGCAGCGUGGCGAAGAUGAAGCACAACGCCAAUGUGGCAGUUUUCGGAGCUGGCCCCGUCGGCCUUUUAACCAUGGCAGUCGCGAAAGCCCUUGGAGCUAGACGAAUCUUGGCCGUGGAUGUCAAUCAACAGAGACUUGACUUUGCCAAAGACUACUGCGCAACGGAUAUCCACGCCGCUAUCCCCAAGAACUCUGGAGAAGACAACAUGUCUUACUCCAAACGACACGCGCUGGAGAUCAUGAAGAAAUUUGGACUCGGCGAACGUGGGGAGGGUAUUGAUCUAGUCGUGGAAUGCUCAGGCGCCGAAGUUUGUGUCCAGACGGGAAUCUGGCUUGCCAAGCGACGUGCCAUGUUUGUUCAGGUCGGCGCGGGUCCCGCAAACAACCUCAUCCCGAUGUCCAUCCUUGUGAAUAAGGAGAUCACAGUCAAGGGAAGUUUGAGAUAUGGGCCUGGUUGUUACCAGCUGGCUGUUGAUCUUGUGAGACAGGGACGGAUCAACUUGAAGCCCCUCUUGACACAUCGCUUCCCGUUCAAGGAUGCCGCGAAGGCCUUCAAGGCAAUGCAAAAUGGGAAGGGUGAGGACGGGAAAGUGACAAUCAAGGUCAUCAUUGAUGGGCCUUUGGCGUGA